AUGGGCGUUUCCGACGAGAUUGCGACUCCCGUCGCAAGUUCCCUCGACAACAAUGGCUCCGAUAUCAUCCAGGUCCAGAAUGCCGACGAAUUGCGAUUGGCCCAGAUGGGUCUCGGUCUCGGACUUAUUACUGCCAUCAACUCAGGCGGUCCUGGUGCUUUGAUCUAUGGUUUCAUUCUGGUUUUCAUCCUCCAGUGCUUCCUGGGUGCCUCCCUUGCAGAAUUCGUCUCGGCAUAUCCUGUUGAGGGCGGGAUGUAUCACUGGAUUGCAGCAAUUGCUCCCAAGCGUUACAAUAGUCUUCUGAGCUUCGCAACUGGUUGGAGCACAGUGUUCGGAUGGAUCUUCACAACGGCAUCAACAAACCUCAUCUACGCCUCUACCUCCAUGGCUCUUAUCGCGCUUUACAAGACCGACAUGGUACUCCAGCCCUGGAUGACCUUUGUAGCUUAUCAGGGCUUAAACAUUCUCACUGCAAGCGUUGUCAUGUUUGGCAAUCGCUACAUUCCAUUGAUCAACAAGUUCUCCUUGGUCUACCUACAGCUCGCAUGGUUUGUCACCAUGGUCACAGUAGCCGCAGCGGCUCCAGCACAUAACGGUAACAAAUUUGUUUUCCGAACCUGGAUGAAUAAUACUGGCUGGGACAGUAAUGUCAUAUGCUUCAUUACUGGUCUUGUGAAUCCGCUGUAUGCCCUCGGCGGACUGGAUGGAAUCACUCAUAUCACCGAGGAAAUGCCAAAUCCAGGGAAAAAUGCUCCUUUGGCCCUAGCCUGCACUCUGAUCAUCGCGUUCGUUACUGGCCUAUCUUAUAUGCUUAGUCUCAUGUUCUCCGUGCAAGACUAUGGAAGUUUGGCAGACACUCCAACCGGCCUACCAUUAGCAGAAAUCUUUCGUCAAGCAACCCAAACACGUGGUGGUGCAUUCGGCCUCGUCUUCCUAGUAUGGGUAGCUCUAGGACCAUGCAUGCUUGGGUCUCAACUCAGCACAGGGAGAAUGUUUUGGGCAUUUGCUCGAGAUGGUGGUCUUCCCUUUUCAGGGGUUUGGGCCAAGGUUAAUACGCGAUUGGGCUCUCCAUUCAACGCUCAGCUGUGUGUUACUGUCAUUGUGGCACUUCUAGGGUGUAUCUACCUUGGUUCGAGCACGGCCUUCAAUGCGAUGAUGGGUUCCGCUGUAACCAUUAAUAACAUUGCAUACUUGGUUCCAAUCCUGACGAAUGUGAUUCUUGGCCGCAAGACAAUGCACAGAGGUCCUUUUUUCUUGGGUGUUAUUGGCGGUAUGACGGUCAAUAUCGUAACUAUUGCGUGGCUGGUGUUUGCCAUCGUUUUCUUUUCAUUCCCGUACUAUAUGCCAGUGACAGCAUCCAACAUGAACUACACUUGUGCAUGCGUCGGGGGGUUCCUAGUCAUUGAGCUGGCAUGGUGGCUUGUCGCCGGAAGGAAGUAUUCCAAGAAUAUGCAAAAGGCAAAGGAAGAGGACCAGAAUGCUGCCCGGGCUGUGAUGGUCAACCCAGAGGACAAGACUUAG